GCCAAUCCUCUCGAACGAAGAAGCAGCAGUUGGAUUUUUUCCAUUUUUUCGAAAAAUUUCGCUCCAAUUUGCAAAUUUUAACAAAUAAAGAGGACAUUAAUUGGUUAAGAAGUGAAUUAAGUAAACGUUUCUUAAAAGAAACAAACACAAAACGUAGGCAUAAUGUGGCCACAAGCAUUGCAAAUGACCAGGGACGAAUGUCGAGGCAUAUUACGGAGACUUGAGCUGGAAUCAUAUUCUCAAGUGAUAAGUGUGUUUCGCGCUCAGGGAGGUCUUAGUGAUGCCAAGGCCAAAUUGUUAGAGGAAUUGCGUGGUAUAUUUCAUAUAUCAAAUGAACGACAUCGUGCGGAAGCCAGACGUGUGGCCAAUGAUGAACAAUUGGCUACCAUAGCCGAAGCUAUUUCUGGCCCUAAUACAUGGCAAGAAUGGUCUCGUGAAGGCAGACGUCCUUAUCCCAUGUUGCCACGUGUGGCUCCACAGACAGCACUGGCCCUAUUAGCCAACAAUGUGGCCGAAGAAACAGCUCAAGAAAACUCGAAGCUACUAUACCCUGCAGAAACUGCAGAUGCUAUUAAAGAAGAGCAACAACAAAUAGAAAAUCAAAAAUCUUUGGAAGCUGCUGUAGAACGCAGUAAUUAUGUAGUUACAAAUGAUCCGUUUAAAAUUCCUGAAAUACCACAAAAUCCAAAAAAGAACCUUAAACGCAAUAAUGAACAUCAAAACAGUGGUGCGGGUAAAAAACGAUCCAUGGCCGAAAGUCCGGCACAACAGGGUCAUACACAAACGGCGCGUAAAAACUAUCCACACAUUACAGCAAAUUCACCACAAGCAAACAGUGCAUCAUCUUCGACGAAUUUGAGCGGCGAACGCAAACAAAAGCAAAAUGCUGCUGAUCAACACUUAGAGAAACAACGAUUUUUUCAUCGUCAGCAUCAACUUACUAAACAAAAAAUGGCCAAAAAGGCGGCCGCUGCUGCUGCGGCUGCAAAUAAUGCGGCAAUGGGUGGAGGAGGUACACCCAUUAAAAGACAGGCGACACCGGCUAAAAGCGGUCGAAGAGCUAAUCAGAAACUACAACAGGAGCAACAAAAACAAUUGGCCAUGAAGCAGUUACAUAUGGAUAUGCAACAGCAGCAACAAGUACCAAUGCAAAUAGAUUUAACGGUUGCAGGUGGAGGAGGAACAACCACAACUGCGGCAGGUGCAUCAGCAGCAGCUGCUGCUGCAGCUGCAACACAAGCAUUACUGACACAACAACAAAUCGAUAUGCAAUUUGUUACAUAUGCCACGCACCAUCAACCGCCACAACAAAUAUUUAUGGAAAAAGAUAUUGAAAUGGCGCACUCGCAACUAACGGCAUUGUCGGGAUCGGGAGCACCGGCGACAGCUACAAUAGCCAUACCAGUAUCGUCUUCAAAUCAACACCCACCACCCUCGUUAAUUACACCUUUAUCUUCCCCACAAAUAGCAGCUUCAAAACGUGAUAUUUCCAAGAAUCUUAACAAAUUACAAAUGCAGCAGAACCAACAACAACUAUCUUCGAAUGUUUCAAAUAUAUCUUCAUCUCUUCCUUCGCCAGCGGCGAUACCAUCGCAUGAUUUGCAUACAAGUUUGGGUAACAUAUUGGCAUCAUCCUCUAGUGAUAAAAAUAAAUCAGGUGAAAAAACCUUGAUCUCUACAACACCAGUUCAGAAAUAUAUUGUAGAGGAACGGCAGCCGGGAGUAGCUAUUAAUUUACCGACAGGCGGAAAUACUGGCACAUUAGUCAAUAUACAAAAUCCCCAUGGAACAGCGACAACACCAACACAUAUUAUACAGGUAUCAAGUGCUGGUCAGCAGCCGCAAAUCAUGAGUUUUCCACAAAUUUCUGCUGCCGCCACAAAGCUGCGUGCUGUUAACACCACACUUAUAGCACCAGGCACUAAAAUCACGUCAACGCCAACGAAAAAGCUUACAACUGGCAGCAGCGGUGGUUCAACAAUAAAUGCAGGAGCUUUACAUGAAUUAGCUAAUAUAGCCAGUACGCAGAGCCAGGUUCUGCAUAUUGUUGAAGCCGGAGGUAACAAUAACCCUACCAAUGUUUCUCAUGCUACUCCUUUACACACACCACCAGCUGUUAUUCAAAUACAUAAUGCUACUGGAGGCACCACGGCUACGUCCCCUGAUAUUUCUACGGCCUCCGCUCAAAGUAAAGUGCUAACUACAAAACUUUUGCCAUUGGUAUUGACAUCGGGCACAGGCAGUCAGAGUAAUACAAACAGUACUCUGCUGAACAACUCUACUUUGGUGAUGGCCUCUUCUCCCACCAGUUCCGUAGGCAUAACUUCGACCACUUCGACAGCUGGAGGAACUACUAUCAUAAAGAAUUUACCUUCUAGUAUGGUACUGAAUACCAGUACAGCGAAUUUAACACCUGUCACUGUCACAAGCACAAAUAAUCCGAUUAUCUCCACGCUGGGCGCUGGGGCUACAGUCUUUCGUAAACCUCCAAAUAUAAUAAAAACUUCGGUGUCAGCUACCACACCCACUAAAUCAACUUUAUCCUCCUCCGCUCCACACAUCAUAAGCAAUGUUAAGCUAACUCCGGUCAGCGUCAGCUCAUCCAGUGCUGGUACACAUCUCACCACCUCUAGUACCUUCAAAAAUGUGCUACCCUCUACCUCGGGAAUGGUGCGAACAAGUGUAAAAAUAUGCCAGUCACCUAAUGGUAAAGUUUUUAUACAGCCAGCCAGUCUAGUUGAUGGCACAAAAAUGAAACUAAACACUAGCGCGAUGCCACACAAAAUAAUAUCCAGUACUUCCACAGCGAACAGCUCUGCAACCACAAGUAGUGGACAACGUAUAGCUAUACAAAAGGUGCAGAUAAUACCAGCUUCAAUGGGUUCACCAGCCGCUGGCAGCGCUCUACAAUCAGCUGGUAAUCAUAUCAAUACAAAAACGGGUAAAAGUAAUAUGAUUUUUAUGCCCACCUCGUCUUCGAAUGUACGACCAGUAACGCUCUCAAAAAUGGGCAACAAUAUACUGCUGAAGUCCUCCGCAAAUCAACAAAUGACCCCCACCUCCCCCACUACAACAAUAGCAGCAGCAGCAAUUGGUGACAAUAGCAUGGCUAAAUCAAAUAUCGUAGUACUGGGUCCCUCACCCACUACACCGGCGAAAGAAAUUCCCCAAAACAUCAAACUCGAAAACACUCAACUAAUUAACGAAGAUACACCCUUGGAUAUUCUCAACAUGCCCAUAGUGAUGGAGCCGGGCGUUGGUGUUUCAUCGCCGUCUUCGGCAGCUGAAACCGUAACAGUAUUACAGAGUAAUAUAAUUGACGCUAGCAAUGUUAGCUCAUCUUCUGCUCUAGCUGCUCCCAUCAUUCUAGACCAAACACAUCUACAUCAGCCCUCCAAAACGGUGGUACUAAAUGUCGACUGGGAAAUGAAGUUGGAUAUCGAGCAACAGAAUCAAUACAACAAUAAAAAUCUUAAACAAAACAAAAGAACUUUAUCGACAUCUUCCGCGGCGACGACAACAACAUCUGCUUCCGGCAACAAACAACAAACGUCUCCCAGUCCCGGCAGUCAUGUAAUCAAGCAUAAACGUUUAAACAACGAUUACAUUGCAAUGGAACUCAAUGCAAAAGAAUCAUCGAAUGCUACAACAUCAACUCCAACACAUCCUGCCAAUAAUAUGAUUGUAAUCGAUGAUAGUUUUGAUGAUGUUAUUGUCGAAGACCACGAAGAUGAUGCAUCCUCGAUUACAUCAUUGGAUAAACACCACCAGCAGCAGCAGCAACAGCAGCAAUCCGAUAAUGACAUACCAAAAAUAUUGGAUAUGCAAAUAUAUCAACAACAUGAUGGCCACGACAAUAGAAUUGCUCAAAUAACUACAACCACACAAAAUAAUGACGAUGUCGAUAUCGAUGUUAACGACGACGACGAUGAUGAUGACGAUGGUGAUGAUCACAAACGUCACUCUAGACAAUUUGUAUCAACUCAAGAAUCAACAAGAACUGAAAUUAAUCAGUCCCAACAAUUGCAUCGUGCUGAGCAUCAGCAACAAUUACAGCAACAUGCCGAGUGCGACAUUGACGCUGGAUUUGAUGAAACAAUUGUGACUGAAAUUGAUGAAAAUACUGCUAUAGAAUACAUCGAAGAAGAUGGUGCCAUUUCUAAUGUCUCAACAACGACAACAGCAACAACCACCACCUCUACAACAUUGAGUAGGAAAAAUAAUAUGCAACAAAAAACAUCAACGAGUAUUUCGACAGGAACAGCCACAACAACUAUAAUCUCUAAACAAGAAGAUACAAAAUCCAGUAAAACUAUUAGCAAUAAUCAUUUAGCUUCGUCCAAGUCUGGUGAACAAAUAUCGGCGACAACGACAAGCAGCAGUGAAAAUUUACCACUUGAACCAACGGCAACAACUAAUGCUACACAAGAAACAACAGCCAACAACAGUGCAACACAACAGGUUGAACCUUAAAAACAGAAUAUAUACAAUAUAAAUAUUUUAUUAUCUUGCUACAAGUUUUAUAUUUUCAAUUUUAUUUACAUAUCUACUAUAAGUUUUAGGUUUCUUUUUAAUUAAUUCUAUUGUAAUUAUAAUAAUGUAUAUAAUUUACAUUUCAUUGUUAAUUAGUUUGUUAAUUGAAUUCAUAACAUUUUUGAAAUGAAUAGGUUUUUCGCAAAGAAAGAAAAAAGAAACAAAGUAAUAAGAAAAACAACAAACGCACACUUUAAUUAAAUUAAGAAUUUCUUUUUAAACUCAUACAAAAACUAAAAAAUAAAAUAAAUCACACAUUGUUGUAAAUGCACCCUACCUUCCUAUCUACCUAACCCAACCUACCCUUCCUUAUCCCUAAAUUCUUCCUUCCCACUCCCAAAUAUUUUUAAUUUUUUGUCUCUGUUUGCAAAAACAAAACAAACAAACAAAUUGUAUGUAAAAAAUUAAACUUUACAAAAGUUUGUAAAUAUUUUUUUUUUAAUUAUUAAUAUAGUUUUUUUUUUGCAUAUUUUUUCUUAUUUAAAUCUAUGUAGUAGUGUUAGUUAUUUCAUUGUGUAGUUAUAAAGAAUUUUUAACAAAAAAAAGAGAAAAAAACAAAAAAAUUAAAAAAACUCACAUAUUUACAAAAUAUUAAAUAAAUAACACAUUUUAAAUAUUAAACAAAUGUUUAAAGAAUAUAAAAAAGAGAUUAUAGGUUAGUUAUUUAAAAAGAUUCUUUUAAUCUAAUUAUGUAUAAAAAACGUUUUUGCUUUCAGUUCUAUAUAUACUUUUUUUGGUAGUUAAUGUAAUAAUUACUAUAAAACACUGUUGGUUGGUUUUAAUAUAAAAAUGUGUAAUUAAUUUAAA